AUGUGGAUAACAUGUGUGACACGUGUCUUUAGAGGUGGACCCCGUGGUGACCCCAGCGUGGCCACAGGGGGACCCCGUGGUGACCCCUGCGUGGCCACAGGUGGACCCCAUCGUGACCCCUGCGUGGCCACAGGUGGACCCCAUCGUGACCCCUGCGUGGCCACAGGUGGACCCCAUCGUGACCCCUGCGUGGCCACAGGUGGACCCCGUGGUGACCCCUGCGUGGUUACAGGUGGACCCCAUGGUGACCCCAGCGGGGCCACAGGUGGACCCCGUGGUGACCCCAGCGUGGCCACAGGUGGACCCCAUGGUGACCCCUGCGUGGCCACAGGUGGACCCCGUGGUGACCCCGGCGUGGCCACAGGUGGACCCCGUGGUGACCCCUGCGUGGCCACAGGUGGACCCCGUGGUGACCCCUGCGUGGCCACAGGUGGACCCCAUGGUGACCCCAGCGUGGCCACAGGUGGACCCCAUGGUGACCCCUGCGUGGCCACAGGUGGACCCCAUGGUGACCCCUGCGUGGUUACAGGUGGACCCCAUGGUGACCCCAGCGGGGCCACAGGUGGACCCCAUGGUGACCCCUGCGUGGCCACAGGUGGACCCCAUGGUGACCCCAGCGUGGCCACAGGUGGACCCCAUGGUGACCCCUGCGUGGUUACAGGUGGACCCCGUGGUGACCCCAGCGUGGCCACAGGUGGACCCCAUGGUGACCCCUGCGUGGUUACAGGUGGACCCCGUGGUGACCCCAGCGUGGCCACAGGUGGACCCCAUGGUGACCCCUGCGUGGUUACAGGUGGACCCCGUGGUGACCCCAGCGUGGGCACAGGUGGACCCCGUGGUGACCCCACAUACUGA